GAUGGAGGAGGGCGGCGGAGCCCCGGGCAGGGGGCCGCUGGCCAGCAGCGCGCGGAGGGAAGCCGAGGGAUCCAUGGAUUGUCCCAACCUGGAUUUUGAGUACGGAGAUGCUGACAGCCACGCAGCUGAACUGGCAGAGCUCUACAGCUACACCGAGGGACCCGAAUUUGCCCUCAACAGGAGAUGCUUUGAGGAAGAUUUCCAGAUUCAAGCCAAGGGCAAGCGGUGGGCAGAGUUGGACCUGACCCAGAAGAAGACCUACGUGAUGCGGCUAUUGGACGGGCUGGAGGUGGUCAGCAGGGACCAAAGGCUGAAAGUCGCUCGAGCCGUUCUCUAUUUGGCACAAGGUGUCUUUGGAGAGUGUGACACGGAAGCAGAUGUCCUCCACUGGGCGCGACACAACAACUUUUUGCUGUACCAAAUGGGGACCUUCACAGCUUUCCUGGAACUGCUCAACAUGGAAGUGGCCAACACCGAGGCCCGUAGCAGCGCCCUGAGGAAGCCGGCGAUCUCUCUAGCGGACAGCACCGAACUCAGGGUGAUUCUGAGCGUCAUGUACCUGAUGGUGGAGAACGUCCGGGUGGAAAUGGAGACUGACCCUCCGAAGUGGACGGCGUCCCGCGAGAUGUUCAGGGCUGAGCUGAGUUAUCCGAUCCACAGCGAAGAACCGUUUGGCCUCUUGCUGUUCACGAUGGUGACCAAAUUCUGCAGCGAGCAUUCUCCGCAUUUCCCCAUGAAGAAAGUCCUGCUUUUACUCUGGAAGGUCCUCGUGUUCACUCUGGGCGGCUUCGAUACCCUCCAAGCGAUGAAGGUGAAGAAGCGGCAGGAUCUGGGGCUGCCCCCCUUGCCAGAAGACAGCAUCCUGGUCAUGCGUAACAUGCGGGCGGCCUCCCCUCCAGCCUACACCGCCGAGUUGGGGGAACAGCCGCAGCCGCCGGUGCAGAAACGGGGACACCGGAGUCGACGGCCUCUGAUGAAGCAGGACAGUCUAGAUAUUUACAACGAGAGGGACCCCUUCAAGAACGAGGAGGCCGUGGUGGACGAAGAGGAGGCCGAUGACAUUGAGAGCGGGCUGGAAAGCGAGUUGGAUCUCUUGGAAAGGACCACCGUCGUACAAGCCGAGCCGGUUCCAUGCCCGCCUGUGGAGAAGGUCUCCUUCCCAAAGGGCCUUCCGUGGGCCCCAAAGUCAGGUAUCGUACAGAAAGACAUAGAACAUUUCCUGGAGACAAGCAGGAACAAAUUCAUUGGAUUCACACUUGGGCAGGACACGGAGACCUUGGUGGGCUUACCGUGCCCGAUCCAUGAAAGUGUGAAGACUCUGAAAGAGCACAAAUAUAUCUCGGUCGCCGAAGUGCAGAUCAAGAAUGAGAAAGAAAUGGAAAAGUGUCCCAUCUCUUUGGGGGAGGAGGAAGUGCAGGAGACACCCUGUGAGAUCCUAUAUCGAGCCAUGCUGUACAACCUGCCCCAGUACAUGAUAGCUCUGUUGAAGAUCCUGCUAGCUGCGGCCCCAACUUCAAAAGCCAAGACCGACUCAAUCAACAUCCUGGCAGAUGUGUUGCCGGAGGAAAUGCCGGUGACCGUCCUCCAGAGCAUGAAACUGGGGAUCGAUGUGAACCGGCACAAAGAAAUCAUUGUCAAGAGCAUCUCUGCUUUAUUGCUGCUCCUCCUGAAGCAUUUUAAGCUGAACCACGUUUAUCAGUUUGAGUAUGUCGCCCAGCAUCUGGUCUUCGCCAACUGCAUCCCGUUGAUUCUGAAGUUCUUCAACCAGAAUAUCUUGUCCUACAUCACCGCCAAAAACAGUGUUUCUGCCUUGGAUUAUCCCGCCAGCACCAUCCAUGAGUUACCAGAACUCAAUGCUGAAAGUCUCGAGACGGGAGACGACAGCCAGUUUUGCUGGAGGAAUCUCUUCUCUUGCAUCAACCUUCUGAGGAUACUCAACAAGCUGACCAAGUGGAAACACUCGAGGACAAUGAUGCUUGUCGUCUUCAAGUCCGCUCCGAUCCUGAAACGGUCUCUGAAGGUGAAACAAGCCAUGAUGCAGCUCUACGUCCUGAAGCUGCUGAAGAUCCAAACCAAGUAUCUCGGACGCCAGUGGAGGAAGAGCAACAUGAAAACCAUGUCGGCCAUCUACCAGAAGGUCCGUCACCGCAUGAAUGACGACUGGGCGUACGGCAACGAUAUCGAUGCUCGUCCUUGGGACUUCCAAGCCGAAGAAUGCAGUUUACGAGCCCACAUCGAGUCCUUUAAUAGCCGGAGGUAUGACAAGAUCCAGGAUGCUGAAUUUUCUCCGGUGGACAACUGCCUCCAGAGCGUGCUGGGACAACAAUUAGAACUCCCUGAAGAUUUCCGCUACUCGUACGAACUCUGGCUGGAGAGAGAAGUAUUUUCCCAGCCCAUUCACUGGGAAGAACUGCUGUGCUACCAGUGAUGGGGAAACGGGAUUCGAACUCGGUGCUUCAGCCAACAAGUGCUACGGGGGAGUGGGGGAGAGGAAGGGGUUUUCUUUGGUCUGUGGAUGUCUUUCCACAGGGAAUUACCAGCUAGAAGUUGUAAAAAACAAUUCCUCCUUUUCCCUCAACGUUACGGGCCUAUAAGCAAAGAGAAAUUUAUUAUUAUUAUUCCUGUCGUUUUCCCUGAUCCAGGUUAAACGAUACGUAUAUAUUUAAAGUUCUUAUAAUGGUAGCUUUGAAUGAAGGGGAUUCUGUACAUUAGCAGUGUGCAACCUUGGCUACCUUAAGAUCUGUGAACUUCAAUUCCCAGAAUUCCCAAACUAGCUGGAGAAUCCUGGGAGGUGGAUUCUGGGAGUUGAAGUCCACAAGUCUUAAAGAUUGGACACCCCUGCUUGUACAUCAUAUAUCUCCAAGAUUUUGGUUGCUAUUAUAAACAUUUUCUAUGAGUAAGAUACCUGGGCAAACAUAUACCUGUAAACCAGGUGACAUUCUUUCACUACAGACAAUCUAUUGCUGAUUCCAUCAAACAUUUCAGCAAAGUAUCCUCUAAUUGUAUUUCAUAACCACCUAUGAGGAUAAUCUCCAACUAGAAAACAGUAUUCAUAGAAUAAUUUUUCAGGAUAUAAGGAUGAAUUAGGGGGCAUUUGCGUGUCUCCGAUACAUAAAAAUAUAUCGGAGAUAUGCAAAUUAUAUACCAAAAAUAUGUAAAAGCACGGUCCAAUUUUCUUCCAUCUUUUAUUCACGGUUCCCCGUGGAUAUAUUCCAAGAAUUUUUUUCCCCAGGCAUUGCAACGCUGCAUUAAACAGAUGUUUGCAGAAGGUUUGAUGCAUUUUCGAAUCAAAAUGAAUGCAUCAAAUGUUCAGGAACUGCUCUUAGCCUGUUUUGGAAAUGAAAAGCACAUGAUUUUAGAAAUUGUAGCGGCAUGCCAAAAAAUAUUUACACUGCACAAUAAUUGUGUUGAUAGUGGCUUAUCCGGAAUGCAUUCAGAUCCCUCCAUACAGAUGUUCUCUCUUUUAUUUCUGCGAAGUGACAAUGUUUGAAGCAUGCCAGCCCUGUUGCUUGCAUGUUCAAGGAUAUUUUGCACGUCCCCAAACCUGCUCUCCCGGCAGAGAUAACACGGGUUCCCCCAUGAACUGCUUCAUGCUUUGUGUGUGUGUGUUUUUAUGCUACGAACACGGGUAGCAAGAAGGAGCAAAAGGGUAAGCAAAGCUUGGUUUAUGAGCACAAGACGAGAGUUAAACACGCUUGUAUUCUGACAUGCUUGAAUGUACAGUAUGGCUACGUGUGGUUCUGAUGUGCGUGAGACACUUUUAUCGGCAGCCUUAGUAACAUGGCACCGAUUUCUCUCUACAAUACAAAUAAGAGGAUUUUAGUUUUUUUUCAUUCUGGCCCAGCAGAAAGGGCAUUUUGUCCAAAAGCUGGACGUAUUUUCCAGGCUGCAUUUUCAAAAAAAGACCAUCGUAUAUAUGCAACAUCCUAUCUAAAGAAGGAAGCAGAUGCAGUGAGGAAUAUAUUUAGCAACCCGGUAAAUACGUGGCCUUAAAAUUUCACCAAAAUGACUUGAAAGCUAGAUGUGCACCUUAUCCGUUCUGGGAAAGUGUCUGCAUAAAGACAAAGACAAAAAAAAGAAAAUUACGCGUCAUUUUGUUUGCAAUCCUAUUUUGGAGCAGAUGUUUAAGGAGCUGCCCCUUCUUCGGAAAUGAAAAAUACAUGAUUUUAAAAAUCGUAGUGGCAUGCGAAAAUAUUUGCUCUGUGGCACAGCACAAUAAUUGUGUUGAUAGUGGCUUAUCAGGAACGCGUUCAAAUCCUUCGGUUCUCUUUUUAUUCCUGCGGAGUGAAAAUGUUGAUUUCCUAAUGCAUUCACAAAUUAUUUUUUAAGGAAGUGUGUGUAUUAUCCUAAGCACGAGAUGUAAAGGAAGAAUAAAAAUCUAAUUCUUAAAACA